CUUCUUUCCCCCUUUUUGCUGGACGUGUCGCAGGAGGAUUUACCUUGUUCUCUCUCCUGCCUCAUUGUGUAUUGUGUCCUUUCGCGCACUGCACAGCCAGUUCCUCCUUUUUUUUCUCUUGCCGAUCAGGAUCCCAGAGGCAAUCACCUCGUUCCUCUUGCAGCAGCCCGAGCGCAGCGCUCUCUUUCCAAGCGUCCGACAUUUCGCGUUGCAGCCACCGUUCGUGCCGCCACGCACCCUGUUGAGCAGCUCGCCGAGCCUGUUUGAUAGAUAUCGAUAUCUGGGCAUCAUUUCCUCAAUCGGUUUCGUUUCAAAAUCAAGAACCUUGUGCGUUCUCAUUCGUCGAUUGUUUCUCGGCCGAUUGCCCGCGAGCGCACCGAACCAACAUUCGUCCUCGACCGCGCCACACCGCGGCACAACUAGCUCGCACGGGUUGUCGAUUGCCCCGGACUUUCGCUUUCGCUUCGAGGCAAUCUUGGGGAAGGAUUGAAGAGCUGGGCAGUUUCUCCUAUGUCACGGGCUGGCCUCGGAAAUCUCGACCUAUAAACACAAAAGAAUCGCUUUAUACGUUCGCAGGCAGAGCCUGAGAACACCCGUGCCUUGCUGGGUUCAAGGUCGCAUUUCAACUGUGUUGACUCCUCGCCUUUGUCGCCAGCCGCUGGUCGUCACCACUCGCAUACAGCGACAAGAGGGUGCCGCGUCCGAGCGAUCGAACCACAACCCGUCGCUGUCGCGUUAUGUACACCCAGAAUGCAACAAUGGCCGGACAACAAAUUCCAGAGACGUUCAUGCUGAGCGCUGAGGCUCAGCAAUCACUUCCACACGAUGCUCAGGUAGCUCUGCAACAGGUUGACAAUCUCAAGUAUUUUCUCCUCUCGGCGCCGGUUGACUGGUCCCCCGACCAAUACAUCCGGCGGUUCCUCCUGCCGACUGGCGAGUACGUUUCCUGCGUGCUUUGGAACAACCUGUUCCACAUUUCCGGUACAGAUAUUGUUCGAUGCCUGUCGUUCCGAUUCCAGGCGUUCGGCAGGCCGGUCAAGAACUCGAAAAAGUUCGAAGAGGGUAUCUUCUCAGAUCUCCGCAACCUCAAGUCCGGAACCGACGCGACGCUCGAAGAGCCCAAGAGCCCUUUCCUCGAUUUUCUCUACAAGAACAACUGCAUCCGGACGCAGAAGAAGCAGAAGGUCUUCUACUGGUACAGCGUCCCUCAUGACCGCCUCUUCUUGGACGCGCUCGAGCGUGACCUGAAAAGGGAGAAGAUGGGCCAAGAGGCAACGACGGUCGCCGUCAGCGAGCCGGCUCUCUCGUUCCAGUUCGAUUCGUCGCAGUCGCUGUACGAGCAGCUCACAAAAGCUCAGCAGGCGAAUUCGUCGUCCUUCAACCCGCAGCCGCUCUCCUUUUCCCAGCAGCAAGACACCUCGUCAGUCGUGGCGCCGGUCGACUCGAUGCCGCCUCCCCAGAUGAUGCCUCAGCAGAUUCCUCAGUCAUUGCCUCAGUCAAUGCCCCCAAUCUCGCAAGCGAUGACUCCGAUGUCGGAUGCGUUGGACUCCAUGACGCCCUACGGGUCGAUGGCGAUGACCCCGAAUGUGUCACAAUCUCAGGCGGUGAUCAAGCGGGAACCGGAGUAUUCGCGCGUCCAAUACAAUCAGAAUGGCGUGCCAAUGGCGCAUACGCAUCAGCGACACACAUCCAUGCCCGCCUUUGGUUUGGAGUACUCGCCUGCCCCGUCGUUUGUGUCUUCGCAUUAUGAGGAUUACAGCCAAAGAGGCCUCUCCUUCGAGCCUCUGACGCCUCCGCAGCAGGCGCUUGCCAUCAGCGGCGAGCCCGCCUACAUCGCCAAUGAGGAGACUGGCCUGUACAGCGCCAUCCCGGACCUCAACCCAGUCGGCGCCCUCAACGGCAUGAUCCACCUCCCUCCGUCGAAUCUAGCCGGCCCUUCGUUCCCCCGGAGCUACGGGUCCAACAACGUCUACUCCUCCGUUAUCGAGGGUUCGCCGACGUACAAGCAGAGAAGACGCCGUUCGUCCAUUCCACCCUCCCUGUCGGCUACUAGUGGGUCCAUGACGGCAGCUUCUACUGCGACCCACCGUCCCUCCGACCUCAGGAGAUCGGUUUCCGUCUCGGUCGGCCCCGUUGCCGAGGGCGAGGAGUCCGGAGACGCCUCGCCCCAGGGCAUGACCUAUAACAACAACUCGAUGGCCCAACACAAGGAAGUGGUCGAGCUGUCGCGCCACGGGACGCCGCUCUCAACAGUGGAGGGCAGCCCUGCUCUUAACCCAAUGGCCCUCCACCAACACGACUACUCUCCCUUGCCGGUUGACGAACUAACUCCGCUGAACGAGCAACGGCCCAUGAUGCACGGUGGCCCCAAUGUGGUACGCAGAGCCCGGUCCGCAACGGUCAUGGAGCUUGGCCCCUAUCCUCAGAAGUCCCACACCUGCCCCAUUCCCUCAUGUGGCCGUCUCUUCAAGAGGUUGGAGCAUCUGAAGCGACACGUGAGAACACACACCCAGGAAAGACCCUACAUCUGCCCUUAUUGUAGCAAGGCAUUCUCCCGAUCAGACAACCUAGCACAGCACAAGCGUACCCAUGAUCGGAAUGACGGUGCCGAGGGCAGCCUCCAUUCCGGCGAGGAGGAGCAGUACUCCGGUGAAGACCAGUUGUCUUCGGUUGACGAUGCCUCGCCGACGUCCGAGAAUGGCUAUGUUACCACGUCGCUCGACGCGGCUGUCAGCGGCAACAACGGCGGCAGCAGCAACAACAGCACCAACAGCAGCACCAACAGCAACACCAACAGCAACACCAGCAGCAGCAAUAGCAACAGCAGCAGCAGCAGCAACAACAACAACAACAACGACGCCACUUCAAGCAAUGCUGCCCCCACAAAUAGCCAAAGUCUAGGCCAAAUUCAAACGUUCAACAGCCUCCAGACGCUGAGCAUGCCAAUGACCCUCAGCCAACCACAGGCCAUCAACGCAGGUGGCUUGGCUUAAUUUGGGGCUGGACUGGCCAUGGCCGAGACAUCUACUGUCAGGAGGGAGAGACUGACAUUUCCUUAUCUUCUUUACUUGCGUUCUCUAUUGCUUUCGGUUCCUUAGAGCCUCGGUAUUCUAUCAUAUCGCUGGAUUUUUUUUCCGGACUCAGAAGACGAUGAACUUGGAAGAACACGGCAUCAGCGAUGUGACACGUCGUCAUUUUUUCUUGUGUCAACCUCCGUUGCUCUUUCUGUAUGUAGGGAGGCAUUGCAGCGUGGCCUGGGAAAAGGCGGAUGGGUGGACUUCAUGCUAGAGAUGGGAGGCGCUAAGACAUGGGGAAAGGGGAAGGGAAAGGGGUUUGAGAUAGGCGGUCCUGUCUUGCCCCGCUUCACGAAUCCUAGGGUGUUUGCGGUGAGGACCAGGGAGGAUGAAAGGCAAAUAUAUGGCUUUGUAUAUAUAGCCUUGGUCUUUUGUGUCUUCUUUUUCCCGGCUUUUCUUUUUUUUUUUCCUGUCCUUUUUUCUCUCUUUCUGGCUCGUUUUAAUAUGCGGACGCGUUAGAUGGACCGCGAGUUGUUUCGGGUGGCCGGUGCCUGAGAGAUACCAACCUCGGCUGGCGAGGCAAUUGAUGCUUUUGGAGAAACGGAGAAAAGAAAACUACCCUUUCAAUCUGCUAGUGAUUCG